CGCCGCCGCGUUCCUGGCCGCUCUCCCAGCGCCGGUGCCGCCGCUUCCUCCGGGAGCUGCCGGCGGGGGAAGCCGCGGGGAGGGCUCCCAAGGGCUUCUCCUCCUCUCGCCGGGUUAUUUUUUCCGGUGCUCUCUCCAGCGGGGGAGGUGGGAAGAGCCAAAGGCGGCGGUACCCCCUUCCCGCCCCCCCCUCUCCGCCGCAGCACAUGGGAAGCAAAAGUUUUCCUCCUCCUCCUCCUCCUCCUCCUCCUCCUGCUGCUGCUGCCGCCGCUGCCGCUGCUCGGUGCCCUCCGCCCGCUGCCCUCGCCCCGCAGCCCCCCGAGGAUGCGGCGGCUCCGCUCGGACCCCGAUGUCGCGAUGGAGGAAUAGAGCCCGGCAGGAGCCGCGGCAGGGCGGGCAGCGAGCGAAGGCGACACCGCCAGCGCAUCUCCCGGGGACGUCUGCGGCCCCGCGGGGCACAGGAGCUGUCGGGAUAAAGAACCAGAUGCUUUAGCGCUGCAGCCGCGCUCCGGCCCCGCCAUGGGCACCGGGAUGUGCUCCCGGCGGCAGAAGGGGCUGCUGCAGACCGCCUUCUGCCUGCUCACCCUGGCCUGCCUGGCCUCCGGGGUCUUCCUCUACAGCCACUUGCAGCAGAAGGUGCGGAACGCCGAGGCGCUGGCGCAGAAAUACAAACAGCAGCAGGAAGCGCUGUCAGCCCAGCUGCAGGUGGUGUACGAGCACCGCUCCCGGCUGGAGCGAUCCCUGCAGAAGGAGCGAGGGGAGCACAAGAAGACCAAGGAAGAUUUUCUAGUGUACAAGUUAGAAGCUCAGGAAGCUCUCAACAAGGAGAAGCAAGACUCCAUGAACAGAUAUGGGGCCCUGAGUUCCCAGCACAAGAUCCUGAAGAACCAGCACGAUGAUGUCAAGAAGCAGCUGCUGGACCUGCAGCUGCAGCACAACAGCCUGAGGCUGGAGCACAGGAAGAGCCUGGAGAGCCACAGCCAGAAACUCAGCCAGCUGCAGCAGGAGAGGGACAGCGAGGUCACCAGCCUGCAGGACACGGUGUUUAAACUGAGAGAAGAGAGCAAGCUGCUGAGGAAAGCUCACCAGGAGGUUCACUCCCAGCUCCUCAGUGCCCAGGCACAGAUGGAAGAGUUCAGGCAGCUCAAGGAAGCUCUCCAGAAGAUGCCAGGCUUGAGAGGAGGAGGAGGAGGAGGAGGGAGGGGGCAGCAGCCCUUGGUGCCAGCCAGCAGCCAGCUGCAGCCAGGGAGGCAGAAGGAUCUCCAUCCCGUGCUGCCCUCGGUGGUUCCUGGCUCUCAGCAGCUGCCAGCACCAGGUUCCUCUGGCCCCAGAACCCGAGCCCAGGAUGCCAAUUCUGUGCCAGGAGCUGUGCCAGGAGCUGUGCCAGCUGUGCCAGGGGCUGUGCCAGGGGCUGUGCCAGCCUGGCCCCGCUUCACCCGCACCAUGAACAGCCUGCCCAGCCCUGAUGUGAGGAUGAUGAUGCACAUCCAGGUGAGGAGCCACGAGGGGAGCCAAGCUCCUGGGCUGUCCCUGCCUGAGCCAGGACAAACCUCUCCAGCAGGAAAACCCCCAGUGCCAGGCAGCCAGCCCUCAGCAGGGAACAGCCAGCUGCAAAUGCACAGCUGGAAGGAUCUUGUCAGCAAAGUGAACGCCCAGAUGGAUGAAGAACAAGCACAGGGGCACCCCAAGAGCCCCCAGUUUGCCCCCAGGGGUGGGCAGGGGGGCAGCCCCCAGCCCCCCAGCCCCAGGAGAGGGGCAGAGACGGCAGCAGAGAGGGAGAGGAUGGACGAGGAGGAGCUGCAGAUGGAUGCAGGAGUGAUCAACAGGGAGGACAAGGUGCACUCACAGAAGGAGCCCGUGGUCCAGGAGCCCAUGAUGCCAGAUGAUGCUGCAGAUCCUGCCCAGGACCCCAAUAACCAAGGUGAGGACGAGUUUGAGGAGGCUGAGCUGGAGAGACCUGACUUUGAGGAGAAGGUGGGAGGCUCAGAGAAGUUCAAGGAGCCCAGUGUUAAAGAGGAGCCAAAGGAGAAGCCACCAAAGGAUGCUGGCAGACCUGCCAAGCCCAGGGAAGAUCCACUGGAGGACUACCAGGAAGAUCAGGAGCAGGAAAUUGAGGAUCCUGGAGGGGAGGUGGAUGACAACGAUGACCUGGAGCUGGUGCAGGAGCGGAAGGAGCGAGCGGGGAUGAGGGGAGCUGGUGGCAAGAAGGAUGAUUACUUCUGAGAGCUGCUGAGGAAAGCUGGACACUGCAGGAACGAGGGGAUGGGAGCUCCUCCUGGGACCUGGCUCCCCAAAUCAGCACUGCCCAGAGCAAAGGCAGGAGGAGGGAGCUCUCUGCAGGGUUUGCAGAGCAGAAUUCCAUCUGGGAAUGGGGUCCUGCUGCCCCCCGGGAGAUCUCUCCAGGGAAGGAUCUUACCCUGCUGCUUUUCUUACAAGCACUUUUUGAUUUACUGUGUUCUUCACCCUCUUGUUUUUCACAUCCCCUUUCAAAGCUGGAGAGGGGUUUUUUGGUUGGUUUUGGGGGGUGUUUUUUACCCCCCUGGGGUGCCUGAGCUGGUCCCUGGACUCACUCGACUGAUCUCUAAUACAAAGGAAUCUGUCUUCAUAAAUUA